GAUAUCAUGGAUUCCUCUCGUUUGGCCCAUCGCAGGAACGAGUACAAAAAUAAGGGUGGUCUAAAGCAGGAAGACCUCAGGCGUCGACGCGAAGAACAACAGGUUGAGAUUAGAAGGCAAAAGAGGGAGGAGAACAUCACCAAGAGGCGCAACUUCCUACCCGCAACAGCAGGUGAUUCCGACGAUGAAGGAGGUUCUGGCAAUUGGGAGGCACCGCUGGCCGAGGACAUGGUUGCAGGCGUUUUCUCAGACGAUGCUGAUCGCCAGCUCGAAGCUACUACCAAGUUUCGCAAAUUGCUUUCCAAGGAGAAGAACCCUCCGAUUGAACGCGUUAUAGAGUGCGGUGUCGUGCCACGCUUUGUGGAGUUCCUGCGAGGAGACAACCCUAUGCUGCAGUUCGAGGCGUCGUGGGCCCUCACCAAUAUUGCUUCGGGGACCGCUGAGCACACUCAAGUCGUUAUAAGUGCCAAUGCUGUUCCAGAGUUCAUCAAACUCCUGUCCUCUCCGGUUUUGGAUGUCAGGGAGCAGGCCGUGUGGGCCUUGGGCAACAUUGCUGGUGAUAGCCCAACUUGCCGUGAUUACGUCCUGCAACAAGGCGCUCUCAGACCCCUACUCCAGCUGCUCAGCGAGAACCACAAGCUCAGUAUGCUAAGGAACGCUACAUGGACUCUCAGCAACUUCUGCAGAGGCAAGUCGCCACAGCCUGAUUGGGAAUUAAUUUCCCCGGCUCUUACCGUUCUAACAAAGUUGAUCUACUCUCUUGACGAUGAAAUUCUUAUCGAUGCGUGCUGGGCGAUCUCCUACUUGUCGGACGGAUCCAACGAUAAGAUCCAAGCAGUCAUUGAGUCUGGUGUCUGUCGACGACUCGUUGACCUCCUCAUGCACCCGUCGACGUCUGUCCAGACCCCUGCCCUUCGCUCCGUCGGCAACAUUGUGACAGGAGACGACCUACAGACGCAGGUGGUCAUCACGUCCGGUGCACUUCCAGCGCUUCUGGCGCUCCUGUCGUCCCCGAAGGAGGGUAUUCGCAAGGAGGCUUGCUGGACCAUCUCCAACGUCACGGCGGGCUCUCCCCCACAAAUCCAGGCGGUUAUCGAUGCCAACAUCAUUCCUCCUCUCAUCAACAUCCUACAGAACGCUGAUUUCAAGACGCGGAAGGAAGCGUGUUGGGCGAUCUCAAAUGCCACUUCUGGCGGUCUUCAAGAACCUGCCCAAAUCCGCUACCUUGUCUCGCAAGGCUGCAUCAAGCCCCUUUGUGAUCUUCUCACUAUGAUGGACAACAAGAUCAUCCAGGUGGCACUCGAUGGUCUCGACAACAUUCUCAAGGUUGGCGAGAUGGACAAGCAGGCAGCUGGUCCCGGUGCAGUCAACCAGUACGCGCUGUACGUGGAGGAGGCGGGAGGUAUGGUCACGAUACACAAUCUCCAACAACACGACAACCUCGAGAUUUACAAGAAGGCGUUCAAUAUCAUGGACAAAUACUUCCCGGACGACGAGGAGGUGGACGCCGGCAUCGGUGCCACCAAUGUGGAUCAGUCUGGUGCCUUCGCGUUCAACCAAGAAAGUGCCGCACCACCCCCCGGUGGCUUCAGCUUCGGUCAGUAGUGGCAGUGCGUUGGCAGACGCUGUAUUUCAGACGGUUCUCUCCGCUUUCCUGUUGUGUGGUUUCUUAGUCUCGAUGUCAUGUAGCUCCACCCCCUGUUACUCCCAAUUAUCCAUCGCCGUUUCCGUGUUUCAGCAUCGCAUGCAAUUUUUCACUGCCCACGCUUAUCCACCUGUUAUGUUUGAUGAAGUGCCGGUUGCUAUGUAUAUUUUAUACCUGUUCAGAUAUGAAGUCCAUGUAGUAAGUAUCGUAUGAUCCUCACAACACAGUCAGUAGAAAAUUAGAGUUCAUUGCUCUCCGC